CAUAAGUUUCUCAACUUCUGAGAGCUGUCGUUUGUAUAGGGCGACAGCUGAUUAACGAAAAAACAGAUUUUAAACAGAUUUUGAACAGAUUUUAAACAGUGUCACAUUUAUCGUAUCUGCACAUAUCGAAAUAUGGAUAAAUCCAAUUACCAUGAUGACAUAUUGAAGGAUGUAACUGAUGAAGAAUUGGAAGAUUUGAAAAAUAAGUACAAACAUCAGAGUAUGAUACCGAUGGCAAGUAAUGCUCUGCAUAACGCAAAAAAACUGAGAGAGAAAGGAUGCUGCGGAAUGACAGUUUUGUCCCCAGGAAAAGGAGAUGGAACUGUUUUCAUAUCGUUAGAGUAUUGCCAAACCUAUCAAUUGGCGGUGUUCACGCUGGAUGAAACUGGUGACACAGUAUAUGAAAGUCUAACAAAAACUAAAAGGAUAAAAUUUGAAAGGACAUGGUCGUUCUACGCAAUUCAUAGUAGUAUAUAUCCUGUCAUUGAAAGGGUACUGGAGAGUAAGAAUAUGAAAGUAAAAUGUGCCUUUUCAGCUUAUACUUACAGCAUUCCAAAAGAGGAAGCAAUACUUUUCAAUAUAGAAUGUCCCGAAGAUAUGAAGUUAGGAGAUGUCGAACCGCGCCACUCCAAAAAAAUCCACUCUGGAUGGUCCUUCAAGAAAUAUCCGCAAUCUUACGAGUUUGUGUGUUCUUUAAUUGAAAACAAUGGUGGCGUAGGUUUAUUCCUAAAAUCAACUGAUGAACUGGUUGCGUGGGUAUUGAAAAGUGGUUUAGGUGAACUAGGAUUGCUACAUACUUCGGAAAAAUACAGAAGCAGUGGAUUUGCUUCAAUUGUUAUGAAACAACUGAGUAAGCAGAUUGCACAAGAAGGCCAAGAUCCCGAAACAAAUGUAAUACUGACAAAUGGAGCGUCGAACAAGUUGAUGAAAAAAUUGGGAUUCAAAAACCAUAGUGUAAGCUACUAUUUUUUGAAUCCUCUCUUCCAAAUACAGGGACGUAAUGCAUGAUUCAUCAAAAUAUAUUUACAUAUGUUAAUAUAAGGUUUGGUCAAUUAUACAAUACUUACCCAAACUAA